AUGGCACGGCAGGCGUUCAACGGCAUCGGGCAGCUCGAGUUCUUCUACCGGCAGUUCCCGGAGAACAUGCGGAGCGUGGCGGGGGCUCUCUACUGCUUGGGGUUCGCCCUGGCGAGCUACGCCAGCGGGGUCAUGGUGACGGUGGUGCACCAGGCGACGAGGGGGCGAGAGGGGCGGCCAGACUGGCUGGCGCAGGACCUGGACCAGGGGAGGGUCGACCUGUUCUACCUCGUCACAGCCGCCAUGGCUGCCGUCAACCUCGUAUACUUUGUUGUCUGCGCCCGGUGGUACAGGCUCAAGGAGUCCGACGACGACGAGGACAACUCCCAUGCCGACGAUGGCGUCCAGCUCGUCGACGGAAGCCCAAGAAAGUCCGCAAGUGCCACGCCGGUUUAG